AUGGUCAGCACACGUUCAGCAGUUCAGCAAUUGUUUCCGUUUGAUCCAGAACCUGAGCAAUCUUUAAGGAGGAGACACAGGGAGCAAAAUUUGCUGCGGGUUCCUUCACUGCAAGGGACUUUUCUGCAGUCUUUAUAUUCUGAGGACCUGCACAGUACAGAAACAAUGGCUUUUGUUAUUCCAGAGGCUGGUGAUCCUUUGGGUAAUUCUUUAACAGCUCAUGCCACUAACAUACCAGGUUGCAUUACAUAUCCAGCAGUGGAAGAAGGGUCUACAUUCGAAAUCAAGCAUCACAUGUUGAGUAUUCUACCUACAUUUCAUGGGUUAUCAACCGAUGAUCCUAACAUGCACAUUGCAGAAUUUUUAAUGGGAUGCAAGAAUAUUUUGGUGAAAGGAUUCUCAGCUGAAUCUAUUAAGCUUCGUCUAUUUCCUUACACAUUGAAAGAUCAAGCAAGGAGAUGGCUCCUCACACUUCCAUCUGGAAGCAUUAGCACUUGGAACCAACUCAGUGAAAAAUUCUUAAACAAAUAUUAUCCAGCUUCAAAGACUCUCGACAUGAGAACUCAAAUUUUAUCUUUUGCCCAAAAACCAAAUGAAGAGUUUCAUGAGGCGUGGGAACGGUUUAAAGAGUUGAAUAGAAAAUGUCCACAUUCUAGUAUUAGCAGUACGGAUCAAGUGCAUAUAUUUUUCAGAGGGUUAAAUAUGACAACAAAAACUCUUGUCAACGCUUCAUGCGGAGGAUCAUACAAGGAUAAAAAUGCACAAGAGGCUUGUUUAUUAUUUGAAAAAAUGGCAGCAGAUACACAGCAAUGGGCAGUUGAGCAGCCACAAUCAAGGUCUGUUUUUGAGAUAUCUAAUGGUUCUCCAUAUAUGUCGGCACAAAUUGAAAAAAUGGAGAAAAAGCUUGAAAGAUUUGAUGCAAAAUUUGACAUGUUAUUACAAAGAAUUCCAGGUUCACAGGUUGCUGUACAGCAACCUUUACCAGCUGCCUGUAGCAUUUGCAAUGUGACAACCCAUGAUUUUUUGAGCUGUCCGCAUAAAGAUGCUUAUCCGGAAUUUGCAGCGGAACAAGUUAAUGCAUUUAAUAAUUUUCAGCGUCCACGAUAUGACCCGUAUUCAAAUGUUUACAACCCGGGUUGGAGAGAUCAUCCUAAUUUUAAGUGGGACAGAGAUCAGCCUGCAAGGCCACAAUUUCAACAACAGGUACAGCAAACUGCUGCGCCUAAGGCUGCUUGGGAGGUUGCAAUUGAAAAAUUAGCAAAUGCCACCAGUCAAGAAUUCCAAAAUCUGCAGGCAACAGUGAAAAACAUAGAAAAACAAAUGGGGCAGAUUGCAUUCCAAGUUUCAGAAAGAGCACCAGGUACAUUUCCUAGCCAAACGGAACAUAAUCCAAGGGGAGGCGCAGAUUGUAAGGCAGUUCGAGUUCUACGUUCGGGUAAAAGUUAUGACAAUAGAGGUGAAAUUUGUGUUGGAAAUUCGCAGGCAGCAUCACAGCCACAAACAGAUUCAGGAAAUUUUGCAGAAUCUGAUAUUGUUACAGAUUCUACAGAGUCUAUGGGCAGAUCUGAAAACAGUGCAAAAAUUGCUGCAGAAACUGCAGAACGUGUUUAUGUGCCUCCAAUGCCUUAUCCCGAAAGGUUGAAGCCCAAAGUUAAAAAUCAACAGUUGACAGAUUUUAUGAAGACGUUGGCCAAAGUUCAGAUCAAUCUCCCAUUGAUUGAUGCAAUUAAGAACAUUCCAUCUUAUGCCAAGUUUUUAAAGGAUGUUUGCACAAAGAAAAAGAAGCUCGUGGAUUUUGAAAAAGUUAUUCUUACAGAACAGUGCAGCGCAGUUUUAUUACAUAAACUGCCUCCAAAGAAACAAGACCCAGGGAGUUUUACAAUUUCAUGCACAAUUGGAAAUUCUAAUUUUAAACGUGCUUUAAUUGAUUUGGGUGCCAGUAUUAAUUUAAUGCCUUUUUCUGUUUUUCAGAGACUAGGACAAGGAGAAAUCAAGCCUACAUCAGUUAUUCUACAACUGGCGGACCGUUCAGUUGCUUACCCUAGGGGAAUUAUUGAAGACCUCAUUAUUAAAGUGGAUAAUCUCUACCUUCCUGCAGAUUUUGUGGUCUUGGAUAUGGAUGAAGAUAUGCAAACACCGAUUAUUUUGGGGCGUCCAUUCAUGGCUACUGCUCGAACCUUAAUUGAUGUUGAGGCUGGAACACUUACACUUAGAGUGCAAGAUCAGUCCGUUGUUUUCAGUUUAUUCGAAAUAACCAAAAGGCCAACUGAUGUGCAAGAUUGUAUGCGUGUGGACAUGUUAGACAGCUUAAUGCAUGCUGAAACUAUGUCCCGUUUGACAUCAGAUCCAUUGUUAAAGGUGUUGCAUGGGUUGGAGAAUAGAAACACUGAAGAUGAAGAGCCCUCUAAAGUACAGCCACCUAAACUGGACUUAAAAGUACUGCCAGGACACUUGAAAUACGCUUAUCUGGGUGCAAAUUCUUCGCUGCCAGUUAUUAUAGCUGCUGACUUAUCAUCAACAGAAGAAGAAAAAUUGCUGCGUAUUUUAAGAAAUUAUCAAGAUGCAAUCGGUUGGACUAUAGCAGACAUUAAAGGGAUCAGCCCUACAAUUUGCAUGCACCGAAUUCUGAUGGAAGAUGGAGUAAAGCCCACCAUUGAUGCUCAACGUCAUAGUAAGUGGGUUAGUGCAACUCAAGUGGUGCCCAAGCGUUCUGGAAUUACAGUUGUGAAGAAUGACAAUAAUGAACUUGUGCCUACACGUUUGACUACUGGGUGGCGUAUGUGUGUUGAUUACAGAAAGAUCAAUACGGGCACUAGAAAGGAUCAUUUUCCAUUGCCUUUCACUGAUCAAAUGUUGGAAAGGUUGGCUGGUCGUGCGUUCUAUUGUUUCUUGGAUGGAUAUUCAGGGUACAACCAGAUUCCAGUUGCACCUGAAGAUCAAGAGAAGACAACCUUUACAUGUCCUUUUGGGACUUUUGCAUAUCGAAGAAUGCCCUUUGGUUUGUGCAAUGCUCCUGCAACGUUUCAACGAUGCAUGAUGAGCAUAUUUUCCGGAUUGGUUGAACAGAUGCAUUAA